CUCCUCUGACUGACGAGUCUUGGUCAGAGCAGUCUUCCCGGAGUCUAGCUCAAAUCUCUCCUGCUGCAGCUUCAGUGCUGACCGAGGUCUGGAAGGAGGGGACAGGCAGGGAAAAGCUUCCUUCCCACGCUGCGAGCGCCCAGACGACGGCGAGAUGACUGCUGGGAGCCCCGGAGACUGCGGGGAGGUGCGGAGGAGCCCCGAGGGCCGCGUCUCUCGCCUGGGCCGCCGCCUGGGCCGCCGCCGGCGCCCGCGCUCCCCGCCCGAGCCUCUGCGGGUGCGGGCAAGGCUGCGGCUGCGCUCGCCGUCGGGGGCGUUUGCGGCGCUGGGGGCGCUCGUGGUAUUGGUGGGCAUGGGCAUCGCAGUGGCUGGCUACUGGCCACACCGAGUCGGGGCUCCGGGCCCCCGGGCGGCCAAUGCUAGCUCACAGCCCAUGAGUGAGCUGCGACGCGAGGGGCGCGGCGCCGGCCGGGCUCAUGGCCCGCAUGAACGGCUGCGGCUCCUCGGUCCGGUGAUCAUGGGCGUCGGCCUGUUUGUGUUCAUCUGCGCUAACACGCUGCUGUAUGAGAACCGAGACUUGGAGACGCGACGGCUCCGCCAGGGGGUGCUGCGGGCCCAGGCGCUCCGGCCCCCCGACGGCCCCGGCUGGGACUGUGCUCUCCUUCCCAGCCCUGGCCCUAGGACUCCCCGAGCCGUAGGCUGCGCAGAGCCAGACAUUUGGGACCUGUCCCCACGCCAGGGUACCUCACCCGUCCCAUCAGUGCGGAGUCUGCGUUCAGAGCCUGCUAAUCCUCGCUUGGGGUUACCUGCCCUGAUUAACAGCUACCAGCUGAAGGGCCCAGGGCUGCCGCCACUUUGGAGUCCGCAGACCCAGACUGGCCACGUGAUCAUCACCGUGCAGCCCUCUGGAUCCUGCAUUGAACAUUCCAAGUCUCUGGAUCUGGGCCUUGGGGAGCUCCUUCUUGGGGGCGCAGCAGCUCGGGACUGUGCUCACCGAAGCUGGCCACGGCUGGACCGCCUCAGUCUGGGGGGGUAUGCCAAAUUGGGAGAAGGGAAGUUGGCCCGGGUCUGAGGAGCUGAGGGACAGCCUCCAAUGAGGCUGCAGCAUGGACCAUGGUAAUAGGACCAGGAGUCCCAAUGUCUAGUAGAUGCUUCAGCCACAUCCCAGGCCGGGGAUGGAUGCUCUGGCCACAGCAGCUGCUGAGGUAUCCUGACCUGCAUGUGGGCAAAGAAAUGCCAACCACACUAGGGUCUAGUAAGCUGGAGAGGGAUUAUUUCAAUGCGGAGAGUGGAGUAUAGCAUGGCUUGGCCUCAAGAAUUUCUGCUUCCACAUGUGGCCUUAGCCCUGAGAGAGGUGGAGGUCCAGGUCAAGAUGAUUGGGAGAUGCACCUGGUGUCUUGACAAACCCAAAAUGGUAGGCAAGGACCUCUAAAACUUGGAGGUAGGCUGGGGUGUUACAGGUUGGGGCAGGCUCCCUCUAAGGUGGCACUGGUGAUGCAGUUUGGGCCUUUGGGAAGAUGGGCAAUGGGGUGGAGUUGAGACCCUCCACUGCCGUCGGGGAUGGGGAAAUGAGCCUUUAACUCUCACCACCUCAAUCCCUUUCUUCCCUUAGCUACCUGGGGCAUAUCCCACCUGGGCUACACUACUGCCACUGCCUUCAUACUGAAGUCUGGCUCCUCCCUAAACAGGCCUGAGAAGCCCUUUUCUCCCCUUACCUUAUGGUGGCCUAUAUUGUAAAAUUUCUCUCCAUUUGGCAAAGAGCAUUUGCCAAUUUUCAGAAAUCUCUUUAUACAAUAUUGAAGCUAUAUUUUGGCCAAUGUGGGUAGCUUACUUUAGAAAAUAGCUUGAGUUUAGGUCUCCCCCACCCAUGUUUAAUUUUUUCCAAGUUGCUGGUAGGAAAAGAGAAAUUUAAAAGUAGAUCAAUCCUCACAGUCCUUUUUCCUUUUUUUUUUUAAGUUUAUUGAAAAAUGCAAUACAAGAAGCAAGACCAAACACAUAUCUAAACACUACAGCCACUUUUCUUACUACAAAAGGCCAAAACAGCAGACCCAACUAUUGCCUACUUGAUCUAAGGAUUUUGCCAAUUUGAUUCUGCUGUCAUAGCUUCUAUUUUGUCAAGAAAUGUAAACUACUCAAUGUGAUUCAUAAUUUUUAAAAAAUUUACAAAGCUCCUUCAUUUUUGUCACCAAAAUAAUACAUUUAAGAGAGAUUUGUAAAAACAUCCAGCCUGGGGUUGAGAUCCUGGGCAGAGAUUUCCCAUGAGCAUCAAGGGGGGCUGGUUACACAGCUCUGGCUCCAUUUCCAAGGUGGACUGUCAUCUCCUCACCCCCAGCUGCUCAGCAGGCCCCCAACAUAGCGAUGGGCCUGGGGGGUGCAGGUGCCCUGACAGGUCCCUGCAGUUAGGCUCCCUGAGCCCCCAGCUUAUAAAUACAGGUCUUACUUUGUGGGUGGAUGCCAGAGACCUCACGUGGCUUGGAAUAAAUUUUUAUUUCUGAAGUGAAAAUAAAACUGCAGUGAGA